AGGCGAAGGGAAAGGCGAUCUGCUGGCCGCCCCUCGCCGCUCGCGCCAGUCGUGUGUGGACUCGCGCAACUGACACAACUGUUGUGCCGCCGCUGCUGCCGCCGCUCCUGCCUUCUGCACAGCCCGUAAACCCCCCCAACCGCCGCCAUGGACGCGAUCAAGAAGAAGAUGCAGGCGAUGAAGCUGGAGAAGGACAACGCGAUGGACCGCGCCCUUCUCUGCGAGCAGCAGGCCCGCGAUGCCAACCUGCGGGCGGAGAAGGCUGAGGAGGAGGCCCGUGGCCUGCAGAAGAAGAUCCAGACCAUUGAGAACGAGCUCGACCAGACCCAGGAGCAGCUGAUGCAGGUCAACGCCAAGCUUGAGGAGAAGGACAAGGCCUUCCAGACCUCAGAUCCUACCAACUCCUCUGAGGAGGUGCGACAGAAUCGUCGUUUUUCGAUAUCUGCUGUCGAGAAGUAG